AUGUCCAAGAAGAGAGGAAAUAAGAAAAAUCAAGAUUUGGAUGAAGAUUUGGAUGAGAAAAAAACAUUGAAUGAUACUCAUGACUUAACCUCAAAAAGCAAGGGUAAAGGUAAAAAGAAAGGCAAAGGGAAGGAUUUCAGCGACGACGACGAUGUAAUGAAGAAGCCGCAGAUAUCGGACGAAGAGGAAGAAGUUAAGCCAGUUAAAAAGUUACAAAAGAAAGCUAGUAAAAAGAAAGGCGGUGGGGACCCGUCUGACGAUGAGGACGAUAGCAAGUCACAAGUCAGUAAUACCACAACCACUGCAGCGAAAUCUGCCAAGCAGAAUAAGAAAAAAAAAGGUAAAGGUAAAAAAGAUGAAGAUUGGUCAGAUGGGAAUAGUGAUGAAGAGAUCAAAGAGAUUUCAGAAGAAGAAGAAAUAGCCAAACCAGUUUCCAAAAAGAAAGGUAAAAAUAAAAAGAAGGCAGUAGCUGCAGAAUCAUCAGAUAAUGAGGAUCAAGAUGAUGCAAAGUCAAUAGUUAGCAAUGUAUCCAGCAAUGCCCCAGCGCCUGUCAAGGCAAAGGGUAAAAAAGGCAAGGGAAAAAAGGAUGAGUGGCCGGACGAGGAAAGUGACAAGGACUUAAAAACUGAGCCGGAAGAUGAAGAAGAUGUGCUGAAACCUGUUGUCAAAAGUAAAAUCAAACAAAGAAAGAAAAAUGACAUAGAUAAUAUUGAAGAGGAAUUAAAAAAAUUUGAAAUUAAAGAAGACAAACCAGAACCCCAGGAAGAACAGGAAGAAUCAAAGGCAUCAGAAGCUACAGAAGACAAAACAGAACCAACAGAGAAGAAAAUGAGCCACAAAGAAAAAAAGAAAUUAAAGAAGCAACAAGAGUAUGAGAAACAAGUGGAGUUGCUUACUAAAAAGGGUGGUCAAGGCCAUAGUGAAUUAGAUGCGAACUUCACAGUUAGCCAAGCACAGAAAUCUGCGGGUCAGAUGGCGGCACUGGAGAAUGCGGUCGAUAUCAAGGUGGAAAACUUCUCAAUUAGUGCUAAAGGCAAAGAUUUGUUCGUGAACGCGAAUUUACUGAUUGCGAACGGUCGUAGGUACGGCUUGGUCGGGCCCAAUGGUCACGGCAAGACGACGCUAUUGAGGCAUUUAGCUCAGCGCGCUUUUCCUCUCCCGUCGCAUAUAGACAUACUGUUGUGUGAGCAGGAGGUCACUGCUAACGAUACGAGCGCUGUAGAAACAAUAUUGGAAGCUGAUGUCAAGAGAACGGAACUUCUUAAAGAUUGCAAGGAGUUAGAAGCUGAAAUAGAAAAGGGAGAUCUUAAAAAACAAGAUCGAUUAAAUGAGGUGUAUUCAGAGUUAAAAGCAAUAGGCGCAGAUUCUGCGGAACCCAGAGCUCGUCGUAUUUUGGCUGGUUUAGGGUUCAGCCGUGAGAUGCAGAAUCGAGCCACGAAGAAUUUCUCCGGAGGAUGGCGUAUGAGAGUUUCUCUAGCCAGAGCAUUGUACAUUGAACCUACGUUAUUAUUACUCGAUGAACCGACGAAUCAUUUAGAUCUGAACGCUGUAAUUUGGUUGGAUAACUAUUUACAAGGUUGGAAAAAGACUUUACUAGUCGUAUCUCACGACCAGUCCUUCUUGGACAACGUGUGUAAUGAGAUUAUACAUUUGGACCAACAGAAGUUGCUAUAUUAUAAGGGAAACUAUACUAUGUUUAAGAAAAUGUACGCACAAAAACGGAAAGAACAAAUAAAGGAAUACGAAAAACAGGAAAAACGAAUCAAGGAAUUGAAGGCUCAUGGACAAUCCAAGAAGGCUGCAGAAAAGAAACAGAAAGAUGUGUUGACCCGAAAGCAAGAGAAGAACCGCAGCAAGUCUCAACGAGAAGAGGCUGAGGACAGCGCGGCGCCGAUUACUCUCCUACAACGACCCAAAGAAUACCUCGUCAAGUUCUCCUUCCCCGACCCACCGCCUCUUCAGCCGCCUAUAUUGGGCUUGCAUAACGUGGAUUUCAAUUUCCCUGGCCAGAAACCACUGUUCAAGCAAGUCGACUUUGGUAUCGAUCUUAACACUCGGAUAGCUAUUGUCGGCCCCAACGGAGUUGGGAAGUCAACCUUCCUCAAGCUUUUGGUGGGAGAGUUGAGUCCAAUACGCGGGGACUUGAUUAGAAAUCAUCGGUUGCGGAUCGGUCGCUUCGAUCAGCACUCCGGUGAACAUUUAACGGCGGAAGAAUCUCCGGUAGAAUACUUGCAGCGUCUCUUCGGAUUGCAAUACGAAAAGGCAAGGAAAGCUCUCGGCACUUUUGGGCUGGCGAGUCACGCGCACACGAUCAAGAUGAAAGACCUCAGCGGGGGACAGAAGGCGCGAGUAGCGUUGGCUGAAUUGACGCUUAUGGCACCAGAUGUGGUUAUUUUGGAUGAACCGACAAACAACCUCGACAUCGAGAGUAUAGACGCCCUAGCGGAGGCGAUUAACCAGUACAAGGGCGGCGUUGUCAUCGUGUCUCACGACGAGCGUCUCAUCCGCGAGACGGAUUGCGCGCUAUACGUCAUAGAGGAUCAGACCAUCAAUGAGGUUGACGGAGACUUCGACGAUUAUCGUAAAGAACUUUUGGAGAGUCUGGGUGAAACUAUCAAUUCGCCUUCAAUCAUCGCCAACGCUGCGGUGCAGCAGUGAACAACAACAAAAUAAAUGUAUUAUAUUAUAUUAUCUACCUUCACUGUUUCCCUGCAUAGAGAUUUUACCCUGUUGGAAGAAGAUAGAAAAACUUGUGUGCAUAAAAUUAUUAUAUUACUAUGUAUAGACCAGAGUUCCAAGUAAGAGAUAGACGGUACGGUUUCCAUUAUUGUAACUAGAUGGCGCUCCUUCGAUACCAUAUAAAUAUUAGUUAACUUUCAAUCGAUCGAAUAAGUAAACGUACGUAGAAAACCUCAUAUUUGGCACUCAGUAGGACUAGUAUCAAAGCCACGAGAAAUUUAUGUCCACCCAUUAUCUUUUCUAUAAGAGGUAGAAAUAAUUAUCUCGUUGCCUAUACUAGAACUACAGGUCAGUGUAUAAAAAAAUGGCACUAACGCAUUGUUGCGAAAAGUUUAAAAGAGCACAAGCAUAUUCUCUGCGUGCUUUUUAUUUGGCCGAACAACAUGCGACCGAAGUAACCGAGUGGUGAAGUAGGAACAGAGUGGUGACAUGAUAGCAGGCUUAAUAUAAAAACAAAAAAGCGAUCUCUUCCCUGUUGGUAUUAACUUAAAAAAC